AUGGAUAAUAAGCAAAAUUUACUUAUCUUUAAAAUUUUUGCUUUAUUUGUCAUGGUAUCCAUUACAAAAGCACAUGCUAUAGCAUUAUUGUUUGCUCUUUUAGCCUUAGUUUGCACAAUUAUAUCUUUCUCAACUUAUUGGUAUAAAGUUGAAGCAUCAGUAGGAGGAGCAGAUUUGAAAGUAUUGAUUUCAUUUAUGAAAGAGAAUACUCAGACCAGAGGUAUCGAUCAAACAAAAUCGUGGUAUGAAUCUGGAAAGCGUAAUCGUGAGAGGGCAAUCUACGGUGUCUGCAUUGCCUUUGUGAUUCUCAGUUUCAUCUCUUUGCUCUAUGUGCUUGUGAUGGGUCUGAUCGGUGCACUCGGUGGUCUCAACAGAUUCACCAAGUUGCGUGCGAACCUCUCGAUUCGUCUCAUGAAUAUCGUUUCGAUGUUGUUCCUUCUGAUCGCCGUUCUGGCGUUUAUCCGUUUGCCACAAUCGACCAACGACGACUGCAAAUCCAACGGUCCCGUAUACUUCCCAUGCAAUCUCUACGGUUGCGAUUCAUUCUAUGGUGGACAGAGUGUCAAUAACGACUCUUUCCAUUGGACACCCUACAUUGGUUGGGGUUUUGCAAUUGUAGCCGCCUUUUUCAAUGCAUUCUCUGUUGUAAUCUCAUUCUUUGUUUCAUUCCAAAAUACCACCGGUGGAGCUACCACUACACCAUCCAAAGAUUAUCAAGAACAACUUGAAUAA